CCUAAAUGAAUGAAUCGAAGGAAUCCCCAAAUGAAGAAAAGGGAAAAAAAAGAAAAUCGGCGCUGUUACAUUAAAUUACGAAUUUCUCUCUCUUUCUUCAAUGCUCUCAUUCUCUCUCUAUAAUGGAGUGUUGUGGAGGUGAGGCAUCUUCCACUUUCAUUGAGUUGUAAAUUCUCAAUUCUGCAUGCAGAUCAAACCAGAUUUUGUUUAAUUCUUUUCGAUUCCCAAUUCAAUUCAAUUCAAAACUUAUUUUGAUUUCCAUUCAUUUAUUUCAGUUCAAUCUAAAGCCUUUGUUGCUGAUUAAUUAUUGCAAUCUUCUUCUUUCUCUUGUUAUCUCUCUUAUUUAAUUGAAUUAUCAUAUGAAGUUUGGUGGGCACUCCUUUUUUUUCUCUCUCCUUCAUCUUCCAUGUCAUUCUCUUCACCAAUCCUCUGUGAUUGUUGCUGAAUUGGCUGGAGUUUUGGAAUUUCGGUGCAUAAAUUGUGAUCUUGAUGGGGAAUGAUGAUUAUGGACGCUGUAUUUUCCCUUUGACAAGCUUACAAAUUGGGGAUUUGCAGUCUUAUCUUUCCCAUCUUAGCAUCUUUCUGGCUAUUGAGAGCAACACAUUCUAUAUUUUAGUGGACAAUAGGCCAUGGCUUGAAGGUAUAGGAUCACGUCGUGCUCAAUGGUGGCAAUUGAUGGUUACCAAGUCAAGGUUGUCUCCUUUUGCAAAUAGUAGAGCUCGUAAAGGAACAAAUGCCGGUAAUAAUAAAAUUGAGAAAAAGUCCUGCAGAAACGCAACUGAUUCUAAUGAAAGCUCCGAAUCCUCUAAAUCUAAGAUUUCAGAGAGAUGGUUUUCACUGAUUGAUGCUGCCACUUUAUCUCAAAAGAGGGCUCUUUUACCUGUAAAGAAGCUCAAGUACUCCUUACAGUUAAAUCGAGAACUCCACAGAACAUUAUAUGGAUUAAUUAUAUUUGAAGUCUCAUGGGAUGAUGUUCGUGGCAUCAAUUAUAUAAAUGAACUUCAGACUGACACAUCUCUGGCUAUAGAAGCCAAAUUCAUGAGAAGAUGGGAGUUUGACAGUAUAAUGCAAGCUGUGGACUGCAUUUCUUGCUGGUUCUCAGGGACUGAUCAUGAGCGGAAUCUCUUGAGAGAUUAUGUGCUAUCUACUGUAGGUGAAGUGUUCUUUGAUGCCAAGGAGGAGUUCUCUGAUGAAGAGACUACUUACUUUUACAAUGUUGCAGUGGAGAAUGCAUCAUCCUAUGGGAUUUCAGUUGGUUUUGGUGCAUGCCCCGCUGCAUUUGAAAAUGACACAAGUCUUUUGCAUACACCCCCACCACCUAAUGUGCCAUAUAAAAGAAGAAAAAUUACACGAUCUAGCAGCUAUGAAGAAGUUGAUACUUACUCCGAGGGAACUCCCAAGACUCCAGAAAGGACUUUUGACCCAUUUGCCCAUUGUGAGAGUACCAUUGAAGCGACUGAAUAUAAAGAUGUCUUAAUAUUAUUAAGAUUCAAUGACAGAGACCUUCCUUUCAAACUAAAAGACAUAAUUAUGAAUGAUUUGCGUUUGCUUACUCUAUUAGAAUCUGGGCUACCAUCUUGGGUAAUAUUUCUUCAAUCCUAUCCAGUAUUUUUCCAUUUUUAUCGUCCAUGGAUGUGCCCUCUAGCAAGAACUUUCUAUGUUUUCAUUUCCAUUGCCACUGUGGUUAUUGGAUUUUAUGACCUAUACAAGAAUGUUCCACUUCUCAAGGCGACUGCAUCUCGUUUGCUUGGACCUCUUUUUGAUUGGAUAGAAACUUGGGAGAUGGUGUCAAGGGUCAAGUAUUUGGGAACAAUGCUUUUCUUGCAUAAUUUUGAGAAGGCUAUUAAAUGGCUUUUGACGAUCACGCGUACUAUGAGAUCAUUCUUUUCUGUUCUUGCUCAGCCUAUUAUUGAGCCGCUUAUGGAGUUUUCCAAAAUAUUCCUUCCAUUAUGGACGACAUGUAUUGAAGUGUCAGCAAGCUGCUUUUCAUUCAUCUGCAUUGUUCUGGGAUCGUCUUGCAGUUUUGUCGGUGAUGUAGUUGAGAUGGUUUUGUUUCCAAUCUGGUUGAUUCUGUCAUUUACAUGGACCACUGCAAUGUUCAUCAUAUUGCCAAUUUUUUGGGCAUGCUGGGAAAUCUUAUAUGCACCAGUUCGUGUGGUCCUUGUUCUCUUCAGUUUUAUAGCCUAUGUCUGUACCCUAGUAUAUGAAAUGCUUGCCGAAUUGUGGUCAUCCGCUUGUAGUAUAGCCAACAUUGCAUCAACGACUGAGGCAACUGUAAAAACGACAUAUGAGGUUUCAUUGUGGCGCUCUCUUUGGAACGACUUAUUCUCAAAGGUGUUUCGUGCUGUUAGGAGCAUUUUGAAUGGUUUUGUUGCUUUCUUCACAGCCUGUAAUAGGCAUCGACUUAGUAUUUAUAACCACUUAAAGGAGUUAAUCCAUAAGCUUUCUCGCCAACUUCAUCGAUCACAGCAUGCUAACCUUCAUCACAGAAAAAGGCAUGUGGAUCCACGUCGGCAGACACAGUUACACAGAACCCGAAAAUUGGUGAGUCUCUUAUUUUUGUUGCAACGACUUUUUUGGGCUGUCUUAAUUCAUACCAAAAAUACAAAAAUCAGCUAAUUGCUUUAAGACAUGUAGAAGGUUACUCUAUUUGUUAGGAUCUGCCCAAGGCUCACUUCACAAUUGACAUGAUUCUUAAUACCAUCUGUUUGAUCCCUGGUUGGAGUAUCUAUCCUUUUCAUUUUUUUGAUGAUUAUAAAGAAAAGAUUUCAUUCGAAUACUGUUAGUUCUCAUUUACCAGGCUUGUUACACCUCACGCUUUUUAUGACCAAGUCAAUAACGCAAAUCUCUAACAUUUGAUCUCACCAUUUGCAAAAGAGACAUCUGGAAGUGAGGAUGAAAUGUCGAUCUUGCUGGGGAAUGUUUUAACAUAAACUGAGAGUCCUUGCAUGUUAACAGAGCAUGCUCCACUGUUUCCUCCAUGUCACCACAUAAAUCAUACUUGGCAUAGUGUAUGCAACUACGUCCCUCUUCUCUUUAACUCAACCAAUGUUGGUAAACCCCACCUAGUAAAUCUCUCCAAUUUCCAACACAAAAUUUUAAUCUUUUCUGGGACUUUGACUCUCCAAAUCUUCUUUCAUAUUUUACAACUUACACCUUGAUGUUCCAACUUCUUUUCAAUAUAUAUGCACUCCAUACAGUGAACUCGUCAUUACCUGCAAAAUGCCAAGCCAGUACAUGACAUUGAUCGUGAGAUCUAUCCUUGUCAUUCUGGCUACUAGCUAAAGUGAAUCUCCCUCCCCUGGAACUCCGUCGACUGCAGACAUUUUUUCUUAGUGGUUUCUGUAGCUACUUAAUGCUGUUAUAUUGGAUGGAGGUUUAAGCCUCAAGUGAUAUGCUUCUCCUUCAUCAAUUCCAUACCCUAUCAUUCUCUCUAGGGUAAGUGGGCUUUGAGAUGUGGAGUAUUGAGAAAUGUAUGGCCAUUGUUCUUUUUUUUUUUUUUUUUAAAUUUUUUUUUUACCAUCUUUAUCCUAGUAAUGCUUAAGAGUAGAGGCACUCAAAAUAGAUCCGAGUAUCUGAUGACCGUUUACCCGACCUUAUAACCGAACCUGACUUCGACCAAUUAUGUAAAAAUCAAUGUGGAUACAAGACCCGAUUUAAAACCGACUCAGAACACUUGAUCCAAUUCGACUUGAUGACCCAAAUGAACAUCUCUACUUAAGAAACACUUGUAUUUCUAUGUUGGAUGGUCUGAAACACUGAAUACCUACUUGUGAUCCCGAGUUAAUGGCACAAUUGCAGGUUGAGGCUGUAAAUAGAGAGGUUGGAGAUGUAAACUAAUAAGAGCCGAUGGCAUAUGUCCUGUUGUUGGUUGUCAAUUUGUAUACUCACUUGUAAGAAACUAGAGGCUCAAACAUAUUCAUCUGACGUAUAUAUCCGAGGCGUACGCUUUUUUUCACGGCUGUAGGAUAUAUUGGGUAUGAUGUUGAUGUUGAUAGAUAUCUAAAAAUGUGAUGUAAAUACUAGUGUGAAUCUUCUAUAGAGCAUUUAAGUUAAUUUGUUUGCAGUUCGCAAAAUCGCAACAAGAAUUAACUAAUAGCUGUGUAGUAAUUCAUUUAUUUUUUUAUUCUCAUUUAGAAUUUAGAAUUAUAGGUAAAAUAUUGUAAUGUUGGUUUUUACUUCAUGUAUUUUUUUAUUUUUUUGGUAAGGAUAAUCCUCUAAUCAAUUAAAGUAAUCAUUAACAGUUUGUGUUAUUACUUUUAUAUUCUUAAAUUGAUUAAUUAUAAUCAGUGUGAUUAUUUUUUAUAGCCUUGAGUGUUUACUUGUUUAUCAUUAGCAGUGAUCAAUCAAAAAAAAUAGGCUGAUAGUUUGAACGAAAUUUCCUAAUUUUUCAAAUUUUUGUAACGAUUCACUAUAAGAAGUAAUAAUAAGUUUAACUUAAAUUGAUGUAGUUACAAGAUGUAGUUUAACUUAAAUUGAUGUAGUUGCAACAUGUUCAUACAUUUCAUAGUGGUAUAAUAAGGUUCAUCAGUCAUCACUAACAAUAACGACACAACCUAGCUACAAUCUAAAGAAGUUAAGGCAAGGAAAAUGAGUGAUUAACAACAAGAAUGAUCCAAUUUCACAAUCAACUGGUCCUGGAUGAGACGGCUUCAUAAUGACCUCGUCAAUUUGGACCGGCUUAAUUUGUGCGUGU